ACAACCAAGGUUGUGAUGCAUCGUCAUCAUCACAUGUUUGAGUCAGAUCACAAUCAAUAAAUUUCAACUUUUUCGAUUUUUGAAUCACUCUCAUAAGAGGGACGAGCGACCCAAAUUCUGAGCAAAUCCCCUCUUUACAAAACCCUCCAAAUCCCCUCGCCUUCUCCGCACCUUUGGCGUCGCCGUCAUCACCCUCGGUCGCCCCCCGAGCUCUCAACGCCAUAAACCUAGAUUUGGAUGUGAAAUACAAGAGCUAUCUGGAUGAAUGGGAAUCUGACCCAAAUGUGAAGUGUGUUCUUGUUGAUAGCCGCUCGGCUCGUGCCUUUUGUGGCGGUAAGGUUUUGAGAGUGACCAAUCAUGGUAAAUGCAGGUAAGGAUAUUAAAGUUGUUGUUGCCGAAAUUCAAAAGGACAAAAACACGCCUCUUGUGCUGAAGGUAUUCACUGCUGAGUAUUCUCUAAUAUGCAAAAUCUCUGAGUACAAGAAGCCCUAUCUUCAUGGAUGGCAUAACAAUGGGCUUUGGUGUUGGCCUAUCAGGUCACGGUCACUACCAGAUCAUUACAGAGAUGUUGGGUUUUCACGUAUAGCGGCAAAGAGUCCAGGAGGAGGAUCUGUAGAUGGAGAGGUGGAGAGCUUCAAGUGGAUUCGGUGAUGCAUGUUGCAAGCAUCAUACGGAGGACACAAUAUUUCAAGCCAAAUUGCUCUUUUGUCA